AUGAAAAAGUUUAUUACCACAAAAAUUAACAAACAGCAAUGGAGAAUCACAGUUCCGAAUUUAAACACGAAUCUAUUUCGAAAAUCGUUAUCUAGAGAAGACGACAAGGCUUCUAAAUUAUCAUCAGGUUUUUACGAUUUCACUGAAGCUCAAAAUGAGUUCGAUCAAACAAGAAGUUUACCCAACAGUGUUUAUAUAGAAUCAUCAUCUACGUCUUCGGGUGAAUUUGAAGAUGCCAGAGCUAUGUCUGACACUGAUGUGGAAAACUUUCAAGAUUUAGAACCUGUAUGUACCAAAAUAGUAACUAAAGACGAAGAUAACUGUGAAUAUGAUGUGCCUAGAAUAAGCUUCAAGUUUUUUGGAGACGAGAAACUUAAAGAGAAUGAUAAUAUUUAUGAAAAUGAUGUUAAAAUCGUUUUGACAACACCUGAAGACAACAGAGUUAUUGUACCAGAUUGUUCAUCAUUAAAAGACGAAGAGUUAUCUUUAGAAGAGUACGAUGUGCUACCUCCUAGUCAUCCUAGUGAAAAAUUCAUGUCACAUACAGAAGUCUAUGUUAAAAGCUUAGAAAGCAUUCCUUUAGCUGUAAAAUCAGCUGGUAGUGAUCCAAAUGUAUCUCAAAGAUGCCAUAGUGAUAACGAAGAUUAUUACCAAGUACCCAGACCUCUAAAAGUGACCAGUCGGUUAUCUCAAUCUUUACAAGAAUUUGAUAUCGAUAAAAACGAAAAUACUCCAGUUUUGGUGAUAUCUAACCAUUCUAGCAUAGAGCAUAUAUCAGCUAGCCAAAUAAUAAUCAAAAGAGAUGAUACAACACCUAGUAAAGUAUCAAUAACAAGCUCAAAAAGCACUUCAAAAUUACCGAAAUUAAAAAAACCGAAAAUAUUAAAAAAAGAGAACUGGGAUUCUUUCAAAACCAAAUUUAAUAACAUCAUGCAAGAACAGGCAUCGAAACAAAGAGUAGGGGCUUUCAAUGAAAAAGAAAAAAUCACUAUUAACUUAGAAGAAAUGUAUAAAAAUUCUAAAACGAAAUGCAAAAAGGUAUUCGAAAAUACUAGUAAAAUGUUUAAGAAAAAAAUAGAUAACACUGAUGUCAAUUCUGAAACCGCAAGAAAAGUUAAAGCUAGUGAUAUCGAGUACAAGCUCAAUUAUAGUGUUAAUAGUGAUAAUAGUAAUAGUGUUAAUGAAAACAUUAAAAGUGUAAAUAACAGCAGUAACGAAACAUUUAGUGAAAUCGAUUUAAACGAUACAGGAGCUUCGGAAGAAAGUAAAAUUUCUUCUAAUAAUAACCAUACUAUGAACGAUAGCAGUUUUUCUAAUGAUAGUAAACUUUCUGGUGAUGAUAGUAGAAGAGAUGAUUUUGAUUUUGGUGCAAUAAAAAACGCGUUUAAGAAGAGAUUGCAUUCACACGAGGGACAAAAUGGAUUUGAAGAUUUACGUAGAUACGUCAAACAAGGAGGCGAUUUUUGUAAGGAAUUAUCACAAAUACUUCAAGAAAGGGCCGAAGCUGAAACGCAGUACGCCAAAAGCCUUUCGAAGCUCAGCACCAAGCUGUCUCGUGCAUGUCGAGAGAACGUUGGUGGCUUGAAUGAAGCCUGGAAAGCGGUAGCCUUAGAAUUGGAAACGAAAGCGGAAGCUCACAGGCUAUUGGGCGUUGCGCUGCUAGAAGAAACUGCCAAACCUUUGAGGGUGCUCACAGAAAACCAACACAGAUUAAGGAAGCAAUCGGAGAAUCAAGUAGACAAAGCUGCGAAGCUAUUAACAGAAUGGCGGGCUAACGAAGCUAAAGGGAAAAAACACAGUCACUCCUGUUCUAGGGAGAACGAAAAGCUGCAGGAUGCUGCAGUUUUGGAUACUACUAAAUACGGGAAACAAACGAUUUCGAAAAGUUCUAGUCUAAUACAGUUGGCGCAGAUGAAGCAAACUACCAAUGACAAUACAAAAUUGGAAGGAAAAAAACGCAAAGCUGAGGAUGCUGUGAAAAAAGCCGACGUGGAGUACUACACACUUUGCGUGAGAGCAGAGAGAGCAAGACUUGAAUGGGAAACUGCGGUCCUACGUGGUGCCAGUACGUUCCAAGCAUUAGAAGAAGAGAGACUAAACAACCUUAAAGGUGUUCUCACUUCAUAUUUACACCAUAACAAUUAUAUAGGUCCCCGAUUGAUAGAGGCAUCUGAAAGAUUGAAAGGACCAGUAAACCAAGCAGAACCCACCAAAGAUUUAACGACUUUUCAAAAUUUGAGGCAAACUUCUCAACAAGUUUCCGAACAGUUGUUGCCAGAUUUCUACUGCGAGCACACCACGUUGGCCAUGAAUCGAGAGAGGAGAAAACAAGCUUUAUUAAAACUAUUACAGUUAAUCAGGCAGGACAUGGAACGAGAAAAAAAGUCAAAAGUUGGAUUAGAAAAUUUAUCCAAAGCCAUAAAACAAACGCCGAGUUUUGGAUCAGAAGAUUCCCAACAAUCCGUUAUAGAAAAAUUAUAUCACAUGAAAUCUAUGUUGACGUAUCUGGAAGGAGCAAAAUACAAGGUACAAAACGCGCUGUCAGAGUUAGAUGGCAGAUCAAGGAGUAAUCAUCCUCUGUCUACUCAUAUUACCAUCACUAGAGAUAAAUCGGGGCUUCAGCAAAGUAUUUUGAAGGUACCACAAUGGUUAAAAGACGAAUGGGGCGAUGCGGAUCGAAGUCCUGUCAGUCAAAAAUCGACUAAAUCCAGUCAAUCCGAUAAUUCCGAUCCACACAACAACGACGUAGAUGAUCCUGAUUGGUUGGACAGGGGCGCAGCAGACGGAAACUCUAAUCAGCCGGACUCUGAUUUUGACGAAUUUUCCUCGAACUGCAGCAGCGCAGGUGACAAUCUCUGUUCGACAGACGAGACACCGCUCCACCCAAUAGCGACGUGUCGCGCCAUCUACACAUACACACCGAACAUGCACGAUGAACUGCACAUAAAAAUCGGCGAUAUAAUCUCGGUUUACCGUCAACAAGAUGAUGGUUGGUGGUUAGGGGAAUGCAAGGGCAACGUUGGAAUAUUUCCCGCCACGUACGUAGAGCUGGUUCAAAGCAAGUAG